AUGGGUACACAAACUACGUGUGUUUUGCUUGUGGCUGCUUCUUUCAUCGUUGUUUUUCGAUUGAUCCAGCAGCUUUUGGAUAUUAUCUACACAUAUGGAAUCGCAAGGCUAUUGUUUUCCAAACGAAAGCAGUUACUCAAAGCCGGAGAAUGGGCGAUUGUAACAGGUGCAACUUCGGGGAUUGGAGAAGCGUUUGCAAAUGAAUUGGCCAAGGAUGGAUUGAAUAUUUUCUUACUAAGUCGUUCCGAAAAGAAAUUGCAAUCGAAGGCAGCGGAAUUGGAGCGAUUGUAUCAUAUUCAAACAAAAUACCUCGCGGUAGAUUUUACAAAAGUACGUUACAUGGUGAUCUAUUUAUUUGUAUUACUGUAUUACAAAUACUCAAUGCCACUGCAUGAGGGUAUUUUCGUUUUUUUUGACGUUCGAUUUUAUGGCCAAAAUGCUACACUGCAACAUAUUAUCAGCCGCCGGGAUGACUCGUAUCGUGCUACCCAAAANCCCAAAAUGAUCUGUCAACGAUCCGGUGCUGCGAUCAUCAAUAUGAGUUCAGCCAGUAGCCAACUGCGAUUGCCUUUUCUCACGUUUUACGCGUCAUCUAAAGCGUGGAUGUCCCAGUUCUCCAGUUGUCUUCAAGCCGAAGUGUCGAGGCAUAACGUGCUCGUACAGAGCUAUCAUUCCAUGUAUGUUUCCACCGAACUGUUUGGAAAAACGUGCAGUUUCUUCGUUCCAUCUGCGCAAACUUUUGUAAGAAGUGCACUCAAUAUGUUGGGUGUGAAACGUGAUCUGGCCGGCUAUUGGCCUCAUGAGCUAGAGUUAUACGCCUACCGUCUAACCCCACAACCGUUUAUGACUUGGUCCCUCCAUCGGGAAUUUCUUCAAUCAAGGUCAAAAACGAAGUAG